GCUUGGCCAAAAUUAUUUUGCUGGCAACUUGCGUCCGGGUCUUGGAUGUUUUUCGGGCGAUUUCCUGGCUAAUAAUAAAUAAAAAAUGUGCUGGCACAGGCCUAAAGCGGGGCCAAUGAAAGUGCAAUAAUUGUUUCAAUGAAUGAAAACGCGAAAAGCUUUAAUUUUAAGGUGCUGUUGAAGUGUGCGAGUGUGUGUGUGUUUGGCCCGGGCCUUGGCCUUUUAUUUAUCGAAUUGGUAUCAAUUAAAACGCUGAGCAAUAAAAAGCACUCUAUGACGAUUUGGUAGCCGGCACCUGUUUCGACCGAUAAGCGGACUGACUGUUGGAAUUUCACUACGGGGAAUGCCUGUGAUUUACGCGUUUAACUUUAUCGUGUUUACUCUUCCUGUUUACAGCUCAAACAAAAAAAACUCAGGUGUGAUAAGGUGACUUUUACACAUAAAUUGCUCAAUGGAAACGUGGCAGUAGGGUUAUAAACUUACCCGGCAUUUACGUUUGUUUGGAUAAUAAGAAAUAACUAAUAGUGAGAGAAAAAGUGCAUAUCUAAUUAAGAGUUAAAUAAGUUCAAUUCAGGCGCCAAAAGUCAACACCUGCCUUUGCUCUCUUUUUUUUGACUUAAGCUGACUACUCUCUUAAGCGCUCUCUUAACUUGACUUAAACCUAAGCUAACUACGCUUGCACUCUCUUUGCGUCGAAAAUGACGGAGAAUAGUGUGCCGCUACGUGAUUUCGAUGAAGAGAGUGAAACGGACUCGGAGACGGAAUUGCUCAUACGCCGUGAUGUCCCCAGCGGAAACAAAAACAACAGCAAUCACAGGGGAAGGCGGCGUAAAAGCUCGUCGGGCUACAGCGGCGGCGACGUCGACGCCGGCGUCGGGAGCUCUGCCGCCGGCGCUGGCAGCUUUCUGGGCAAUCUCUUUGGAGGCAACAGUUUUGGCUCUGCCGCCGGCCAGAUACGUUAUAGAAAUGAGCGGAGUCGCGAGCGCGCCAAAAACUCUAACGGCAGCUACAGCAGCAUUUCGAAACUGGCGCAAUUAACGCACACAUCAGCGGGCGUCGCGGGGGCGGGGGCGGGGGCGGGAUCGGGAGCGGUCGGUGGGAGUGGCAGCGGUAGCGGUAACGGAGUAAUCACUACAGAUAAUGCAGCAGCGGCUGCAGCCUCAGGGGAUCUCGGCAAUGGCGGUACGCACAGCACAGUCGUCGAUCCGGAAAGCGGCGCCUCCACGGUCUUCUACCAGCACAAUCGGCGGAAGAGCAAGAGCCGCAGCAUUGGCAACGUCUGCAAGUUGUGCCUCUGCAGCUGCUGGCGCAAAUGGUUCCGGCCACGCGAACUGAGGGCCCGGACCGUCAAUCUGGGCCGGGUCAACACGGAGAAGUUCCCGCCAAACGAGAUCCGGAACCAGAAAUACAACUUCAUUACCUUCCUGCCGCUGGUGCUGUUCGAGCAGUUUCGCUUCUUCCUCAACCUGUAUUUCCUGCUGAUGGCGCUGUCGCAGUUUAUUCCGGACAUCAGGAUCGGCUACCCGUACACCUACUGGGGACCGCUCGGCUUCGUCCUAAUGGUCACCAUUUGUCGGGAGGCUGUCGACGAUCUGCGCCGCCAUCAGCGGGAUCACGAGGUCAACUCUCAGAAGUACAAACGCCUGUCGGCCACCAACGGCAGCGGCUACGAGAUGGUACCCAGCUCCAAGCUGAAGGUCGGUGACAUAAUAAUUGUAGAGAAGAACGAGCGGGUGCCCUCGGAUCUGAUCCUGCUGCGCACCAGCGAUCGCAGCGGAUCGGUCUUUGUACGGACGGACCAAUUGGACGGAGAGACGGACUGGAAGCCCCGCUUGGCCGUCCCAUACACUCAGAAGCUCAGCCGCGACUCGGAGCUGCACAGCAUCGAUGCCAGCUUCUACGUGGAGAAGCCGCAGAACGACAUUCACAGCUUUAUUGCCACCUUCUGCAUGGCGGACGGCAGCGAGGACACCGGUCUCAGUGUGGAGAACACACUCUGGGCGAACACCGUGGUGGCCGCCGGCACAGCCACUGGAAUCGUCAUCUACACGGGUUGCGAGACGCGCAGCGUGAUGAACAACUCACAGCCGAGGUCCAAGGUGGGCUUGUUGGACAUGGAGAUCAACGGAUUGACCAAGGUUCUGUUCUGUGCCGUGCUGGGCUUGUCGCUAGUCAUGAUGAUGCUAAAGGGAUUUGGCGGCCCGUGGUACCGAUACAUGUUCCGUUUUGUGCUGCUCUUCUCCUACAUCAUUCCAAUCAGUCUGCGCGUUAACUUGGAUAUGGGAAAGGCCUUCUACUCGUGGCAAAUGCAGAACGACUCCAACAUACAGGGAACUGUGGUAAGAUCGACUACCAUACCGGAGGAGCUGGGCAGGAUCUCGUACGUGCUGACAGACAAGACGGGUACACUAACCCAAAACGAGAUGGUCUUUAAGAAGAUCCACCUUGGCAUAGUCUCACACGAUGCGGACACCUUCCAUCACAUUGGACAGAUGAUACAGAAGCUGUCGGGGAACAUACUACAACAGCAACAGGGCAGCGUAUCCAGCUCGAGCAGCGGCGGGGAAUCGACCAAACCAGUCAUGUUCGCCGGCAAUAGAAUGCGUCGUCCGGAGGGAUGGCGGGAAUGGGAGGCGGUGCGAGCUUUGGCCCUGUGCCACAAUGUUACUCCGGUGAGCGAUGACGAGGACAACCGAUCCGUGUCCACGGCAUCGACCGUCACCGGAGGUAACAACUCGCCCACCAAAUCUGUGAUAAACAUCGAGGCUCCUGGCAGUACGGACACGGAGCAUCAGUAUCAGGCUGCAUCCCCAGAUGAGAUAGCUCUGGUCAAGUGGACUGAGCAGGUGGGCCUGACCCUAAUUGCCAGAGAUCUCAAUACGAUGACUUUGCAGGUGAAGACCCCCAGCGAAGACAAUGACAUUCUUCUGCAUUACCAGAUCCUGCAGUUAUUCCCCUUCACCAGUGAGAGUAAGCGGAUGGGUAUUAUCGUACGCGAGAGCAAAUCAGGCCAGAUAACAUUUUACCUAAAGGGUGCUGACGUGGUUAUGUCCAGCAUCGUGCAAUACAACGACUGGCUGAGCGAGGAGUCGGGCAAUAUGGCGCGGGAAGGCCUUCGCACGCUUGUGGUGGCUAAGAAGGUGCUCACCGAAGAGCAGUAUUCCGACUUUGAGACCCGCUACAAUGCUGCUCGACUCAGUAUUACCGAUCGCGUCGCCAAGGUGGCGGCAGUCACGGAAUCCCUUGAGCGUGAGCUGGAACUGCUUUGUCUAACGGGAGUGGAAGAUCGCUUGCAGGAGAACGUGCGUCCCACGCUGGAGCUGCUCCGCAAUGCCGGCGUUCGCGUUUGGAUGUUAACGGGCGACAAGCUUGAGACGGCUUGCUGUAUUGCCAAGUCAUCGCAGCUGAUUGGCCGGAAUCAGGGACUGCACGUUUUGCGUUCCGUUAAGACUCGUACCGAUGCCCAUCAGGAGCUAAACAGCUUCCGGCGCAAGCAAGGGCAUGCACUGGUCAUUUCGGGCGAGUCCCUUGAGGUCUGCCUCCAGUAUUACAGGCCAGAAUUCCUGGAGUUGGCCACGGCCUCACCGGCCGUUGUUUGCUGCCGCUGCUCGCCCACUCAGAAGGCCCAGGUGGUGGCCCUCAUCCAGAAGCACACAGGCAAGCGAACGUGCGCCGUAGGAGAUGGUGGCAAUGAUGUCAGCAUGAUUCAGCAGGCGGACGCUGGAGUUGGAAUUGAGGGACGCGAGGGAAGACAAGCCUCGCUGGCCGGCGAUUUUAGCAUUCCGCAGUUCUCACACAUCGCCAAGCUCCUGCUCAUUCACGGCCGGCGGAGCUACAAACGCUCGGCGGCCCUCUCACAGUUUGUAAUUCACCGCGGUUUGAUCAUCACCACCUUGCAGGCGGUCUUCUCGGCGGUUUUCUACCUCAGCUCGGUGGCCUUGUACCAGGGCUUUCUCAUGGUCGGAUAUUCGACACUGUACACCAUGUUCCCGGUGUUCUCAUUGGUGCUGGACCAGGACAUCACAUCUGAGACGGCAGUCACGUAUCCAGAGCUUUACAAGGAUCUGUCUAAAGGACGGAGUCUAAGCUACAAGACCUUCUUCAUAUGGGUACUGAUCAGCAUAUACCAAGGCGGUGUCAUCAUGUAUGGGGCGCUGAUACUCUUUGUGGACGAGUUUAUCCACAUUGUGGCGAUCAGUUUCUCUGCUUUGAUCAUGACAGAGCUUAUAAUGGUGGCUCUCACUGUGCGCACUUGGCAUAGGUUAAUGGUGCUAGCGGAACUAUUCAGUUUAGCGCUUUAUCUCAUCUCAUUAGCCGUGUUACAUGAGUAUUUCGACUGGGAGUUUAUUUGGUCGUACGAUUUUCUAUGGAAGGUUUCCCUCAUCACGCUGGUUUCCUGCUUACCAUUGUACAUAAUCAAGUUCUUGCGUAAAAAAUGUUCGCCGCCCUCUUACUUGAAGCUCUCUUAGAUGGUGGCUUUUCAAAAAAUUUACAAAUUAAUUCCUCCACACUUUAUAAUUAUCAUUGCGUUCUGUUCACAAUUUAAAUUUUCUUUAUUAUUUAGCACUUGAUGCUUUGCUUUUAAAACUGAGCAGAAAUCUUACAACUUUCAUUUGUUUUUUUCAAUACCCGCAAUUUACCCCAAAUAUACGUGAUAUCAGGUUAAAUUCCCCAUCAUCGGCACUACACUUUUGCUUGAUGAUAUUUUUGUUUAAUUUGUAAAAUUACACAAAAAACAGGAGGCAAAGUGAUUCGAUUAUUGUAAUUCAAAUUAAAAUGAUUCUUAUUUUUAAGCUUGAGGCGUAUCAGUUUCAAUAUAUUUCAGUUGUGUAUACCUGAUUGUAUUUGAUUAAUAUUUAAGUCGCAGAAAACCAAAUUAUGUUACUAAUUAUUUAAUGAUAAAAUAAAUUAAUAAUAAUUGUAUCUAUGACUAAAAAUUAAAUCAAUUACAAUGGUAUAAAAAGAUGUAAAACGAAAAAUAGAUUUUGUAUAAGGAUUUAGAAAUCGCAACGGAUUGUGAAAUAAAAAUUAACAUAUAUAAAUUAGUGUAAAACAAAAAUGGCAA